CAAGUCCUUUUCUUUCUGCCAGGAGCUAAAAUGACAGCCUGAGCAGUCAGAUUUCAAGAUGAAAGUGGAGUUGAGGCUGAGUCAAAGUGAUAAUCCGACUUCCUGCAAUGAUUCUCGAAGCUUCUCUCAUUGUCGCUGAAUGAGAGUUCCACUUGGCCUAGAACUGUACUACCCACGAAAAACUAAAGGUACAGACACUCUUCUACCACUGCCAGCUGCCACCACCUCACCACCUCUAGGCUUCAUGUCUAGCUGUGCUCGGGCCAAGGGAGUCGUACCACCCCAGCUGACUUGGCCAGUCAUCCUUCACACACUGAUUCAGCACCUCUCUCAGAAAGGCAGUCUAAAGGAUGUGGGCCUCCUGGGGUUUUGUCUCUUCAUUACAGACACCCCCUCUUAGGUUAAGACUUAACAGAAAGAAGGGAGGGUAAGUAGCCUCAGCUCACACCCCUCAAGCUAGGUCUGCGCUUGACAAUAAGCUAGCUUUGCAAGGAAAAGGGAGCACCCUCAGCUCCUUCCCUCUCACUGAGAGUCAUUUCUUAGACCUCUUGGGCCUCAUCAGGAUGAAUCACUAUCUCUUCACUGAUCUGAGGAAACCCUGUGAGGACAUGAGGUUUGCACCCCAAACUCAGGUCGCAGGUAACUGAGGAGGGUGAAGCUGGGCUAGGUGUCCCGAGCACAGCCUGCUCUUGAUAUUUUAAGUUCUUAUCUAAAUGCUCUGUGAAUGUCCACUUUGUUUCAUUUGCCUCUCAAAACUAUCCAGAGAGCUAAGCAAUGUGAACACAGACCUCAUAAUCCAUAUCCAGCUUGGCGGAGAGGGAAUCGAACUGUAGACACUGCCAAGGGUCUUCCCAAAAGUCUGGACUCCAAGAGGGACGGACGGGCUUACCUGGCUCUCUUUCUUUCCUGCAGAUUCCGGGCGCCCCUUCCUUGCAAUGAUCUCAGCUGUGGAAAAGAAAACACAGCACCUUCCCGAGGCAGUGACAUGUCUGCUUCCAGGCCAAGCUGAGACUUCAAGGCCAGCCCUGGAGACUCACCUCUACACCGCCCCCUGGCCUAGCCACUGGCACACUGUUCAAAGUGAUCGAAUUAAGUCGGGAAUUCAGGGAAAUAGAAGCCAGAAUUUGGCCAGCCCUGACGGCGCCCCCUGUUAGUCUGCCUUAAACCUGAAUUCCAGGUGCCCUGGCUCUCUGGGCUGCGGGUCCCCUAUGGGAGAGGAGCCUCGUAUGCCAUGGAAGCUGCGGGCCGACACAAAGUUUCACCUCCUUGGAAUGCCCGUUUUUCAUAUACGUGUGUGUGUGUGUGUGUGUGUGUGUGUGUGUGUGUGUGUGUGUGUGUGUGUACACGUGUGUAUGUAUGGCACUCUCCCACUAGUGAGAGUAGUAAUAACGACAUUAUCAACUCUCUUUCAACACUACCCACUUCCCCAAAAGCUAGGAGCUGGGGCUUGGAGCUUUGCGACCUUGGGUGGUGGGUCCUGGGUGGUGACGCGGGGUCUGCAGGCUCCUUUCAGGCUGCACACAGGAAAGUCUGGAUCUCUGGGAUCGGGGGAGGGGGCUUGGGGCUGGGGCUCGAGGAGAGCCUGCGGUUCCGGGGCCCGACGGCUCUAGGUGCCCGGAGAGCCCCGCCCGCGGCGCUGGGGGCGGCGGGCCACUCGGAGCCGCCUCCUCUGCAACUUUCUCAAUCGCCCGGGGUGAGAGAGGCGGGGUGAGGGGUGCGGUUAAAAGACGCCGCGGCCGACAGGUGUCCAAGAUCGCAGCGCUCUGCGCGCUCCGCUCGCCCAACUUGCAGCCGGUCGGCGGCGCUCCCGCCUACAGAGCGCAGCCUCGGCCGGGACCAGCGGCGAACCAGCUCCGGAUCAGCCCGCGACCCACUCCGGACCAACCCAAGACCAGCCCGAGACCCACUCCGGACCAAGCCGGGACCGGCCCCGCUACCCACUCAGGACCUGCACCUUCCAGGCAACAGCGCCUUGCCGCUUCUCGCCAGCCAGCGCCGCGCGCUCCUCGGGACACAGUGCCACCCACCCAGAGGACAAGAUGGAUUGGGGCACGCUACAGAGUAUCCUCGGGGGUGUCAACAAACACUCCACCAGCAUUGGGAAAAUCUGGCUCACCGUCCUAUUCAUUUUCCGCAUCAUGAUCCUCGUGGUGGCUGCAAAAGAGGUGUGGGGAGAUGAGCAAGCCGAUUUUGUGUGCAACACCCUCCAGCCUGGCUGCAAGAAUGUGUGCUACGAUCACUACUUCCCCAUCUCUCACAUCCGGCUCUGGGCCCUGCAGCUGAUCUUCGUGUCCACGCCAGCCCUCCUGGUAGCCAUGCAUGUGGCCUACAGGAGACACGAAAAGAAAAGGAAGUUCAUGAAGGGAGAGAUAAAGAAUGAGUUUAAGGACAUUGAAGAGAUCAAAACCCAGAAGGUCCGUAUCGAAGGGUCCCUCUGGUGGACCUACACCACCAGCAUCUUCUUCCGGGUCAUCUUCGAAGCUGUCUUCAUGUAUGUCUUUUACAUCAUGUACAAUGGCUUCUUCAUGCAGCGUCUAGUGAAAUGCAAUGCUUGGCCUUGUCCUAAUACAGUGGACUGCUUCAUUUCCAGGCCCACAGAAAAGACUGUCUUCACGGUGUUCAUGAUUUCGGUAUCUGGAAUUUGCAUCCUGCUAAAUAUCACAGAAUUGUGCUAUUUGUUCAUUAGAUAUUGUUCAGGAAAGUCAAAAAGACCAGUUUAAUGCAUUGCCUGGCUGCUAGAGCCAAGACGGAGGAAAAGGAUCAGGCAACCUGUGCUUAGUUGUCAAAGCUCAGCCACCAGCAUUUCCUAAGACAAACAUUCUCAUCUUAAAUGCCACCAUUUGAAGUCCCUGUAGGCCUCCAUGGGACUCCAGAGGCCUCUAUGGGACUCCCUUCCCCCAAAGCUCCCAAACAAAGGCCCAAUUCUAUGCCUGUAUUAAUCGGUUCUAAAGUUAGUUCCACUGAGACUCCGGGCUGGUAGCGACUAUUCUUGUAGGAUACAUUCACAGUUUAGACAAAGGAUCUCACAUUGUUUCUCUUUCUCUGAGGACAGGAGAGAUGGGUCCAGUCCUGAGGAAGGUACCCAGCAAGUUCACUGGGCCUCCCUUAGGGUACCCUUCCCCGAGUUGCCCCAGUUAAAGGAAAAGAAUCUCCACUCUUAUGUGCUUUGAUAGUUUAAGUCUGCAGUAAUGGACAAACUUAUUUGAUACUUCAAGCGCUGUGUCUUUUUUUUUUUUUAAUGAAAACCUUAAAAUAAGAUAGGUUCUUUUGUUCUCAAAAUGAUCUGGAAACCAUUAUACAUUCCUCCUAUUUCGAAGGUUCAGUUUGUGAUAUGAACAUGGUGUGUAGUCAGAUCUCACAAGGUCUUUAGAACGUUGGCCUUUGGUUACGGGAAAUCUGCAGUGUGGCUGAGAGGCCACCUACGGUAUCCACCAUCAGUGUGUUGAAUACAGCGCAACACAUCACAACCUGUCUCAAAUGAGACAAACUGGAAGCUUUUUGUGCUGGCUUCUGACCAGAAGGGGCCUCAAUUUAAAAAUCCAAGUGUCAUUUUGCAUAAGAGACACAUAGGAUACGCCAACAACUGCCACCUGCUAUGAGCCUAACUCAGCCCCCUCCCUCCUGACAUUUGCUGACUCUGUAGCUGUGGGGUGUGGCAGCCAGCAUCAGAAGACAUCGACUUCAUGAGUGCGCUUGGGAGUUUCACUGCCAUGGUAUAAUUUAAGGGUGCAGAAACAAAGUGGGGUGGAGGCAGGGGGUUAACUAUUUUCAGAGAACCAAUGGAACUUCUAGACUCUAAAUUCUGUCGAUUAAAACUGAAUUUUUCUACUUUGAAAGUCUGUUUGCUUCCCUCUUCAGCAUUGGCUUUCUUAACUGGAAACAGAAAUAUGGAUAUUUGGAAAAAAAUAGGAAGUAGAGUUUAGGUCAAUAAGAACUAGAGUUUAGGUUAAUAUGUUACUCUCCUAGGGCAAGUUGAACCUUAGCAUUGCCAUUAUGCUUAAUGUGUUUCCCACAAGAUGGCACUCAACGACUCCAAGGGGGACACUUCUUACUGCCAAGAACGGUACUGGGAAGCCAUUUUGUAACAAUAAAUAAGAGUUGUGGUUUCAUGCUUGUCACUAAAAUAAUUUUGUAAACUCUUAUAUGUCACUUAUUAAAAUAUGAUUAUUUUGUAUACUUUAAAAUUAAACAAGGUUUUUAAUAGAAUACCAAAUUUUAA